AUGGCUCACGUAGACGGAUGUUAUAUAAAUGCAGAAUUUCUCCACGACUUCCUGCGUUCCUUCACCGGCUCAUCACAUUGUGCGUUUGAUCUGUUGCAGCCUUCGGAGUGCGAGCAAUGCACCUGUGACAUCGACGGCAUCGCCCGCUGCCUCGUGGCAGACUGCGCCCCCCCGCCGUGUGUGAACCCCGUCUACGAGAAGGGGGAAUGUUUUCCCUUUGCAGGUCCAAACUGUUACGCGGAUGCCGCCCAGAGGCGNNNNAUCCCGGCCGGGCAGUACUUCUGGGUGGACUCCUGCACCAAGUGCCGCUGCCACGAUGGCCAGGAUGUGGGCUAUUGGGAAGGGAACCGCCUGGCCAAGUGUGAGAAGACCAAGAACUGCGACCCACAGGAGGGGCAGGAGAACUUAUAGAGGGCAAAGGUCACCAGAAGCAGCUGAUCUCCGGCUUAUCCCAUUGUAACGCCAAUCUCUCACCGAGUGUACAACAUGGCGGCC